AUGCUCUUGGUUUUGUUUAUCGUAGUACACUGUAUAUCAUUAUGGCAAGCACAGGGAUUAUCUUGUCUUUUUCCAACUUCGCCUAAACAACUGCGCGUGGCGUUACGAGGAGCAAAUGGUGUGACUAUUUCUUGGAGAACUAGUGGAUAUUUUGGCUUAAAUGAUACACCAUAUCCACAAGUGACAUAUGCUACCAGCAGUACAUUACUUAACGCCAUUUAUGCUCCUAUUGGAACAUCUUCGAGCUAUGAUCACACAUCAUUUUUUCACAAUGUUGCUUUACUCAAUCUGUCCUCCUCAACAAAAUAUUACUAUCAAAUUGUGGCUUCUUCUUCAUGUGUGCUGCAAUCCAGUAUACAAUCUUUUACCACAGCACCGGCUCCCAGUAGCUUAACGCCUGUCAAUAUUUCACUCGUUGGCGAUUUGGGAAAUGAUAAUUUAGUAAAUGGAGGAGGAGCUUCACGUACAAUAAAUGCUUUAUUCCAAGCAGUCCAAAACACAAACUUCUUUAUUCAUUCUGGUGACAUCUCCUAUGCUGAUGAUUACGGUCUUUUUGUUCCAUUUAGCUUUUAUGAAGACACAUGGAAUACAUGGCAAAAUAAAAUGACAGGAGUGACAGCAAACAAUAUAUAUAUGACAGCACCAGGAAAUCAUGAAGUGACCUGCUUUCAAGAAGGCGAUGCGUUUUGUCUCACAACCCCUUACAGAAAAUUUUCCUCCUAUUUAAAUCGUUUUCGUAUGCCGGGUGAUGAAAGUGGUGGUUACAAGAAUAUGUGGUAUAGUUUCGAUUAUGGAAUUGUACAUGUUGUGAUUAUCAACACUGAAACAGAUUUUCUAAAUGCACCCUCAGGCCCAGGUACUACUUUGAACGGUGGAAAUUUUCAAGGACUCACGCAACAACAAGCUUGGUUAGAAAGCGAUCUACAAGCAGCCAAUGCCAAUCGUGCUCAAGUUCCAUGGAUUCUUGUUACUGGUCAUCGUCCGUUUUACGGCAGUUUACCCCAGCUUCCGGCAGUUCCAGGUAACUGUGAUGCGUGUAGCACUGCUUUUGAACCACUUAUUGUGAAAUACAAUGUUGAUUUUUACUUUUGUGGACAUGUUCAUUGGUAUGAACGUCUUUAUCCGAUCGAUGCAAAUGGAAAUCCUUUGGCUACGAACUACAACAAUCAGUCCGGUCCUAUUCAUGUAACAAACGGAGCUGGUGGAGCUCCAGAAGGCAAGGCUAGUGUUAAAAAGACUAUUAGUGCUUCGGCGAAGAUUGUAAGUGCCUAUGGCUAUACACGAUUGGAAUUAAAAAAUGCAUCAAAUGCUCGAUUAAGCUUUAUCGAUUCAAGUACUCUGCAAGAAGCUGAUUCGGUGGAUAUCGUUCGUUAUCAUUAA